AAUAAACCAAGAUCAGGAAAAAAAGAAACAUCUGAAACGAUAGAUUCAUCACCGGUACUUAGUUGGUUUCUGUGAUCGUAAAAAUGUCUGUGAUUUUUAACAAACACCUUUUCUCGUUAAAUUCAAAAAGUUAAUGCAUUGAAUUUCAAUUUUUGCUCCUGUACGAAAAGUUCCACUCACAAGCUUUAAAAAAUGUCCAAAGCAGUAUCCACGGUCAUCACCCUAUACUUGAUGUGCUUUUUGGGAUAUUCGAUGCACUACAUGCUGCUCACUAAUUUGAAUAUCGCCAUAACAAACAUGGUGGAUAAGCCAUCACAUGGCAACGCUUCUCAUCACAACAUUACCACAGAUACAAAAGAAGAAAAAUUCCACUGGAAUGAAGUACAACAAGGUGUAGUCCUAGGAAGUGUGUUCUGGCUACUAUGGUUAUCCCAUCCUGUAGGAGGCAUUUUUGCUCAAAAUUUCGGCGCCAAACGAGUCUUCGGAUUUUCCAUAUUAUUAGGCAGUGCCAUAAAUGUCCUUCUACCUAUAGCUGCCGCAGUGAAUUAUCGAUUAUUAGCCAGUCUUCGAAUGAUCCAAGGAUGUAUCGUGGGAUUGUCAUUUCCGAGCACUUUUGUCGCUGUUCCUCAUUGGGUAGCUCCUCACAACAGAGGGAAAUUUCUGACUUGUUUCUUAGGCAUAUCAUUUGGUUCUGCUGUCACGUACUUCAUCAGCGGAUUUAUUAUGAAAUUUUAUGGCUGGAAAGCGGUGUUUUAUUCAAUAGCUGGACUUGGGUUCGUGUGGUGUGCUGCUUGGAAACAUCUCAUGUUUGAUAAACCAGAAUACCAUCCGAGACUUUCCAUCGAAGAUAGAAAAACCAUCCAGGAUAAAACACAAGGAGCUCAGUUCUCCAGCAGAGUUAAAAUUCCAGUGCCUUGGAGACGUAUUCUGCUCUCUCUUAUCGUCCACUCCAAUAUUAUUGGACAAUUUGGAAUUAUGUGGACAAUAUUUGUCAUAACCAUUUACGCUCCUCGAUACAUGAGCUUUUUUCACCAUCUUACUCCAGAAAGAACAGGAGUAUGGUCUUCGUUCCCUCAUCUGUUCAGGAUUGUGGUCUCAUUAUGUUUCGCCGUCUAUUCGGAUCGAUUGAUCAAGAAGCAAGUUCUGUCCACCACAACUGUCAGGAAAUUAGCUACAUUCAUAAGUCACGUUCUCACUGGACUCCUGAUGAUUUGUCUGGCAUAUUUUGGUCACAUUUUGGCUGUAGCUGAAAUAGUGAUUUUCUCCAUUAUGGGACUCAGUGGAACAGCUGCAAGUGGAGGUAUUGUAGGAUUAAUCGAUAUUAGUCCUAAUUUUGGAGCCAUUCUCCAAGGAUUAUGCGGUGUUUGCAGUCACACUGCUGGAUUCUUAAUCCCGACCUUAGUCGGAUACUUGACAUUGAACCAGGACACAGUCGAACAAUGGCAAAAAGUAUUCUUCAUCAGCGCCGCCAUCAGCAUCUUGACCGGACUUCAAUUCAUUUUCAUCUGGGACUCGCGAGUCCAAGAAUGGAAUUUCGUCGAAGAAAAGAUCAAAGAAGACAAGAAAACGUUAAACGAGAUACGUUGAUUUACACUCGAUUAAUAUUUUUAUAUUGAAAAUGAAUACGUGUGUAUUUUAUCUUAAACAUCAGCAAUUAUACUUGCUUCUUUCAUACUCUUCAUCUCGAUCAUCUUUUUAUAUAACAUUUAAGACGAAGUAAAAUACAUCUCUUAAAACGUA